AUGCUCAAGGGGAAUAAUGCCCUUCCACCAGAAGAUCGUCUGUUAAAGUUUCUCGUGGACAGUAACACAGACUGUGAGGAGCCAGUGCUGUGUGCGAACUGUGACCAGGAGAGCAGCAGAAAGGACCACGGAGUCAUGUAUUACUGUAACACAUGCAGCCAGCCUCUGUGUGCCUCCUGCCGGGAGCUGACACAUAAAGCCAGAAUGUUUGCGCAUCAUGAGAUUGUGUCCUUGGCCAAUCGCACCAGAGCCAAACACAAGAUGUGCUCACUUCACCAGGAGCCCUAUAUCCUCUUCUCAACACAGAACAAGUCAAUGCUUUGCAUCAAAUGCUUCAGAGACAUGCAAGUAGAGAGCCGGACCCACUGCAUCGAUAUAGAGACUGCGUACGUCCAGGGCUGUGAGAUUCUGGACCAAGCUGUCCUGGUGGUCAAAGAGCUGCAGACUUCUGCAAGAGAAGCAAUAGUUCUUCUCAGAGCAAUGAUUGGAGAAGUGUGUCUGAAUGUGGAAGAAGAAGAGAGUGCAAUAUGUUCUUUAUUCAACAGCCUACAGGAGAAGUUGGCAGAGAGAAAGAAGAUACUGUUAAAAACAGCUCAAAGUCAACAUGAGGAGAAGGAGAAAGCUUUGAAGGAGCAGCUCUCACACCUUACGGCUCUCCUGCCAACGCUUCAGGUUCAUCUCGUCACAUGUUCCGCUUUUCUCAACUCUGCCAACAAGUUUGAGUUUCUGGAUAUGGGCUAUCAACUGAUGGAGCGACUGCAGCGGAUUGUGAAGCUGCCUCAUCGACUGCGACCCGUGCAGAGCAGCAAAAUCAACACGGACUAUCGCUGUGAGUUUGCCCGCUGUCUUGAGGCGCUGCUGCUGAUUGGACCACGGGCUCCUGCUUCUGUCAGCGGCUGCACCAACAGGCUCCAGUCUCCGCUGUCGGUGUCCUGCCGCUCCCCGUCGCUCAGUGAGAUGCCCGUGGGCUCCAUGCUUGGCCGCAGACCCACCUCUCACCGAAACGUCUGCACCAAGGUCCUGCUGGCGGAGGGCAGAGAGACCCCCUUCACAGAGCACUGCCGCAGCUAUGAGAGCAGCUACCGGAAUUUGCAGACAGACAUCCAGAGUUUGAAGGACCAGGUUCAGGAGCUGCACCGGGACCUGACCAAACACCACUCUAUCAUCAACACCGAGAAGAUGGGAGAGAUUCUGGACCGGUCUCUUCUCAUCGACGACCAGAUCACCUCCCACUACUCCACCGUGGAGACCAUGAGGACCAUGUUUGAGGAGAUCUGGGAAGACACUUUUCAGCGUGUCACAAAUGAGCAAGAAAUCUAUGAAGCCCAAUUACACGAUCUGCUGCAGCUGAAGCAGGAGAAUUCCUACCUGACCACGAUCGCCAAACAAAUCAGCCCCUACAUCAUGUCCAUAGCCAAGGUCAAAGAGAGACUUGAGCCCAGAUUUCAAGAGCCAAGAGAGCCCCAUGACGACCGCACUGAGACGAUGUUGAAGAUUUAUGAAGACACUGGGUUGCCAAAACAAAGUACUGACGGUAAUACUCGUCCGUGCGACCCAGACAGCACCAACCCGUCGCUGUUGCCAGAUCCAGAGGAGUGUCCAGUCAAGACCAAUCGACCCGUCCAGCGCAGAGGCCCCGCAGAGACGCCCAGUCACCCCCAGACUCCUUCAUAA